GAAGAAGAAGAAGAUGAUGAUGAUGAUGAAGCCCUCUAUUUCCCUUCUAUUUCUUCUUUUUGUUAUUUAUUUGGCAGUGGUAUCAGCCCGUGGACGGUUAGCCGUGUCCCCGGCGGAGUCCUUGACCAUCUCUUAUUACCAAAAGAGCUGCCCAAAUGCAGAAGCCAUUAUCAGUAGGAAAGUGAAUCAAUGGAUUACAUUGGAUCACACCAUUGGACCUGCUAUCAUGAGGCUACACUUCCAUGAUUGUGCUGUUAGGGGGUGUGAUGCUUCAAUUCUAUUAAACCAUACAGGGAGUGAGAGGCAUUCAGCAAAUAGUAAGACACUGAGAGGUUUUCAAGUGAUUGAUCAAAUCAAAGCAGAGCUUGAGAAGGCUUGUCCCAAGACUGUGUCUUGUGCAGAUAUCCUUUCAGCUGCUACUAGGGAUGCUACUGUUAGGCUUGGAGGUCCAUUCUGGGAGGUUCCCAUGGGAAGGAAAGAUGGGUUGGUGUCCCUUGCCACAGAAGCCCAUAUUGUUCCAAUGGGUCAUGAAAGUAUCACUCAACUCAUAGAAUUUUACCAAGCUCGUGGGUUGAACAUUGUUGACUUGGUUGUUCUCUCAGGAGCACACACUAUUGGAAGGAGCACCUGUGAGUCACUGCAGUUCCGGCUAUAUAACUUCAAUGGAACCCGCAAGCCUGAUCCAUCCAUUAACUGGAAAUAUCUCAAUUACUUGAGAAGAAAAUGCAGAUGGUCAUCAGAAUUUGUUGAGCUUGAUGCUACAACACCAACAGUCUUCGAUACAGCUUACUACACAAAUCUUCAGAAGAAUAUGGGAUUGCUAUCCACAGAUCAAAAGCUCUUCAGUGAUGCAAGGACACAGCCUCUUGUUACCACAUUGGCUUCUCAACCUUAUGUCUUCAAUUCUCAGUUUGCAGUGUCCAUGGUGAACCUUGGAAAUGUCCAAGUUCUAACAGGCAAUCGUGAAGGCGAAAUCAGACAGAAUUGCAAUUUAGUCAAUCCUCGCCGCCAUCCUGUGGUCAAAUAUCAUCGUCCCUAAGAUGAUUUUUUGGCCAUUUUGUUUUCUAUAAUUACCUUUAAUUGG